UACACAAUUUGUACACUGAUGUGCUUUAUGUCAAUGCUUAUAAGCGUCCAAAUUACCUUUGGUUGUAUGGGUUUGGAGGCCCGUUUUUGCACAUAUUAAACAACUAAUUAUAACAAUUGCUGGAUGAAUGAUAAAGCAGAGUUGAUAAAUGAAACAAAACAAGCACUUUUGUGAAUGAGUCACCCUUAUAAAUAGGGAUAAUAAUGGAGAAGAAAGUCUCAAACUUGCAAGAUCAUCAGGUAUAAUGUUCAGACAAUGAGUGGGAGCCCGAUUUUGUGGACCCAGAGAAUGUUUGCUUUAUUUUCAUACACAAAUAAGCGUUAUUCUAUUGUAGGGUUCUUAGAUCUGAAACAGAAAAAGUACCUAUAUAGGCAGAAACAGUGUUAAUUCAUAGCAACUUCCUCACGUCGUGUACAUGAAAUCAAGUUUCAGAUCAAGUUUUGCAGAAGUUGUUAGUGAACUACAUUCAUAAACUAUACAGAUUGUCUGCAGAUUUACAUCAGUGAAACAAGAAAUGUAACUACAGUUCAGUAGACAGUAUAAAUCUUAAUUUGAUGUGUUACUAGUGACUGUCUUGUAAUUGUAAGAAAAAAAUAAUGGGCUAAUUAAGCAAAAAAGUUCUCACUUGUCUGAGUUGGAUGCUGACAAGGACAGGAGGAAAGACACGCAUCGUGUGAUCGUUGAGUGGCACAAAUGGGCCUCCAUAUGGCUGCUCAUCAAAGAAAUCGACAGAGCAGUUUCCAUGAUCAAAUUUUAGUGUGAUGUUGCAUCUUGUCAGCUGUUUAAGCAUUACGAAAAAAUCCCAACUCUGCUGAUUCACGUUUCAUGUAGUAUGGGACUACUUUCCCUGCUAGAUUUGGCUUCCUGUAGCCGAUCAUCCGGACAGCACAUGAAUGCACAAGAGCAGCACCAGUUUGGUUUAGUGUCACGCAGCAUGCGGAGUGUUGUGUUUUUGGGCUGCUUGUCUCUCACAGGCAGGUGCUGCCGACCUACGACAGCCUGGACGAGCCGUCUGUCAAACGCAUGAGCACCAUCUUCACGUCGGCCCUCAACGUAGUCACCAUCUUCUACAUCACCGUGGGUUUCUUCGGCUACGUCAGUUUCACAGAGAACAUUGCCGGCAACGUGCUGAUGAACUUCCCGUCCAACCUGGUGACAGAGAUGAUCCGGGUGGGCUUCAUGAUGUCUGUUGCUGUGGGAUUUCCCAUGAUGAUCCUGCCUUGCCGCCAGGCCAUCAAUACCAUGCUUUUUGAGCAGCAG